AUGAAUGCCAUUUCUAAGGAAGUUUAUGCAAGAAGAGUAGCCAGCUAUAAAGAAAGCCAGGUUUCAUCUGAUGUGACACACGUCAAGUCUAUGGUGCUGGAUUGCCUAGUAUUUGGGGUGCAUGACUAUGGUAGCCCAUAUCGCAAUAUCGAAAAGGGCCUUCUGCUCCUGCAUACGCCGAUCACAGAAGACUCAUUGUCUACAAUGUUAACGUUCAUACUAAAGGCAUCUUUUUACGACUUGUACAAGGAGUCUUAUCUCCGGGACCCUGUGAAACUACAUCAUGACAUAACCUCGAUGGACACGACACCAGAGUCAGCUACAUUGGUGCUGACAAGCCAAGUUUUUACUCUUAUAAGCUUAAGAAGUCAGGCUUUCGUCUUCAGGCAUCGAACAGUUGCCUAUACUCAGACGUGUCUUGAAAAAGAUUUAGGCUGUAAAUCAAACCACUAUUUAACAAACAAGAUGGAGGAGAGUAUCAUUGAAUCUCCUCUAUAG